AUGACUUUCCAGCAACCUUCCAUUGUGGAGUCUACCUUCAAAGACUGGAAGUAUAGAGAGUACAAGACUCUGGAAUGGAAACUUUCCAGAACAGAUGCCGAGACAACCGAGAUUCAUGCCGACUUAUUGGCCAACAAGGAAAUUCCUGAUCCGUUCAUGGAUACAAAUGAACGUGAUGUUCAAUGGAUUGGUGAAAAGGACUGGGAAUAUGGGAACGAAUUCUUUGUAUCUGCCAAUGCAAAGCCAUUGUCUGUUCACGAGUUGGUUUUCGAAGGUUUAGACACUUUUGCUACAGUUUAUUUAAACAAUGAAGAGAUCUUGACUACGGACAAUAUGUUCCGUGAAUAUCGUGUUGACGUGACGAAGUAUUUGAAUUUCGAUGGUGCCAACAAUUUGAGAAUUCUCUUUAAAAGUGCUCUCCAUACAGCGAGGGCAUUGGAGAGAAAGCAUGGAAAACUUUUCUGUUUCAAUGGGGAAUCCAGUAGAGUUCAGGUAAGAAAGGCUCAGUACCAUUUUGGCUGGGAUUGGGGUCCAGUUUUGAUCACCUGUGGUCCCUAUAAACCAGUAAAGUUGGUUUCCUAUGACUCGUACAUUAAAGACGUCUACUUCAAGGUUGAUGUCAACAAGGAGCUUAAGGCCAGCAUUGAUAUUCAAUCCGAUAUUUUCACCGGGUCUUCCUCGUCAACUUUGGAGAUUGAAGUGAAAUCACCAUCUGGCCUGGUAAUCCAGACUUUCUCCAGUAAGGUUGAUAAGUCUGAUAUUUUCUCUCACAAGUUUGCUGUGGAAGAGCCUGAUUUAUGGUAUCCUUUGGGUCAUGGGAAGCAAUCAUUGUACGAAUUCAAGAUCAGUUUGGAAAACCAGGUGAUUGUUAAGAAGGUUGGUUUAAGAAAAGUGGAAUUGGUUCAGGAAUCCUUUGCUGAACAGGAAGGUUCGAGUUUCUACUUUAAAGUGAACAAUAUUCCUAUCUACUGCGCUGGUUCAAAUUGGAUCCCAGCCCAUUCCAUGCAGACGUUGCUUGUCGAUUCUGACUACAAGCAGUUGUUGCAGUUAAUGAUCGAUGGUCACCAGAACAUGGUGAGAAUUUGGGGUGGAGGCUAUUACGAACAAGAUAUUUUCUACGACGAAUGUGAUCGCAUGGGUAUCUUGGUUUGGCAAGAUUUUAUGUUUGCUUGUGGUCAAUAUCCUGGUUACCCAGAGUACUUAGAAUCUGUAUCUGAAGAAGCUAAGCAUCAAUUAAAGAGGUUGAGAAACCACUGUUCUCUUGCCAUUUAUGCUGGUAAUAAUGAAGAUUAUCAAGUUGCUGAGCAGUUCAACUUGGAAUGGGAUCCUACUGACAACUCUGGUGACUACUCCAAGAGCAAUUUCCCAGCUAGAACUCUUUACGAGACUAUUUUUCCCAAAUUAGUUAGUGAAUUCUGUCCUGAGAUCCCAUAUCAUCCUGGUUCUCCAUGGGGUGGAAACGGUACUGCUGAUCCUACGGUAGGUGAUCUUCACCAAUGGAAUGUUUGGCAUGGAAGUCAAGAAAAGUACCAGGAAUGGCACAAAUUGGGUGGCAGGUUCAUUUCAGAGUUUGGUAUGGAAGCCUUGCCGAACAGAAAAACAUUCGAAGCUUGUAUCACGGACCCAGACGAAUUGUACCCACAGUCAGAGCUGGUUGAUCACCACAACAAAGCCGAUGGGUUUGAACGUCGUUUAGCCCUCUAUGUGAUUGAAAACAUCAAAGUCCAGGGUUUGGACUUCGAUUCGUGGAUCUAUGCUACUCAAUUAAUGCAAGCCGAAUGUCUUGGUUACGCUUAUAGAUACUGGAGAAGAGAAUGGAGAGGUGAUGGAAAGAGAUAUACGGGUGGUGCUAUUGUCUGGCAAAUCAAUGACUGUUGGCCCGUGACUUCGUGGGCUAUUGUUGAUUUCUACAAGAGACCAAAACUUGCCUACUACUCCGUCAAAAGAGAAAGCAGACCAAUUGGUCUUGGUAUGUUCAGAAAUGAGAAGAAACAUACCCACGAACAAGCCAAACCUCAUUCAACCGCUGGUCCUCCACACGAUUACAGUCAAGUGGACUACAACGUUGAUAUCUGGGGUGUUAAUUCCAACACUGUAGAUCAACCAGCAGUGUUGAAAGUUGAUAUCUACAACGUUACCAGUGGUAAGAAGCUUGAGUCCUUGCCUGAUCAAGAUGUAGUCUUGAAGUCUAACCUGUCUACCGAGUUUGUUUCUGCUCAUCCGAUCGCCAAUGACCAGCCCAUUGUAGUGUAUUCCAGAUUCGUUAGUAAGGAAGAUGGUUCUAUUAUUGCCAGCGCUGGAGACUGGCCACAACCAUUGAAGUAUCUCAAGUUCCCAGGAAGAGAGGUCAAAUUUGAAGUUUCUAACGGUUCCAUCAAGUUGUCGUCUAACAAGCCUGUCAAAGGAGUUGAGAUCCUUGUUGAGAGAGACGUCUUCUUGCAAGAUAAUGGGUUUGACUUGUUUCCCGGAGACGAGAAGGUGGUGAUUGCCGAAGAUUUAAAGACUACCGACAAGGUGACUGUCAGAUAUUACCAACAACAGUAG